AUGACGGCCGCCGAUUUUCCACAGUCAAAGCAACGAGGUCUUGUUCCGGUCAUCCUGACCUCCGAACAGAUGGGCGAGUCAGCGGACACGAAAAUGGACGACGACCCGAGGCCUCAGCCAUCGGGGAAGGUGGCCAUGCCCUGCGUCGUCCUGAACCACAAUCUGUUUUUUUCCUCGGACCACUUUGAUCCCAAGUUCUUCAACGCCUGGUCGAAGCGGUCGGGCUGGCAGCAGCCGUUUCAUAUCUAUCUUCUCUGCCAGUGGGGAACAUGGCUUGUGGUUGUUUUGGGCUUCUUCCUGUUCAAUGCCCGCUUCCUGAGUGACGAAUUCCGGGUCGCGGCGUUUGUGGUCAUGGGUCUGCUGUCAUUUGCCCAGGCCGUAUUUUCUUUCUGGACAAUGAGCAUCAACACGGAAGACCCAAACGUGCGACUGGCCAACGUGCAACGCAAUAUCGACUUUAUCAAGUACGCCGGAGUGCCUGUGAUCGAUCCGGCCACAGGCUUCUGUAACAUUUGCAACGUCGUGGUGGCGCCAACGACCAAGCAUUGCAAGCCCUGCAACAAGUGCGUCGCUCAAUUUGAUCACCAUUGCCCGUACCUCUCGACCUGCAUCGGUGGGCUGAACUACAGACAGUUCUUCACGACCUCGCUGCUCACCUCGAUCACAACGACACUCUACGGGGCCAUUGCAUGCUAUGUCAUCAGCCAAUACUAUACUCGCCACGAGGACUUCCAAAGCCAGUUGGCUUCGAUGUUUGGCCAGGGGCCCAAUGUUGGCAUCGCUGUGGUGUCGGUUGUGUUUUUGUAUUCGAUGAUCUGUAUCGUGAUUGCGGGGGCAAUGUGGUAUCUGACCAUCUUCCACAUUCGACUCAUGGCCUUUGGAAUAUCAACGCUGGAGUACCUUGAGAAUCGGGGUGCUGGCGAGCGCAAUCCCUGGAGAAAGACCGCACCAAAGUCCGAGCAUCGGAUAAUCAAUGGCAGCGGCGGUCAAGAAGCAAACCGCAGCCAGUCAGAUCACAUCAUGGAUGUCAUGCCAAAUCAGAUAUGAGGGC